AUGAUGGCCGACAUUGAAGAAACCGUGCGGGGAGAUCCGUUAUUUCAUCCCACCCUCCAGCUUCAGCGGAGGAGCUGCUUGGGGCUCGAAGAUCCCAAGAUGAAGCAGAUCCUAAGCAAGACCAAAUUCGUCAGCUUGGGAAGCUUUUGUGGGGUCGCGCAGGCCUUGCAGAGCUUGAACCUCCGAGGCGCGGCAGGGCCUUUCGAUUGGAUGCGCAGCCGCUGCGAGGGCGUCACCCAAUUGUUGGCGACCAACUUUCAGGACUUCAUGACCAUGGAAGCCCCAAUCACCCAAGCCUGCGGCAGCCGGGUGUUGCCUAUGGCCUGGGGCGGCAGUUAUUGGCACCAUGACAUCAGGGACAAGGAGGUGCAGCAGACAAUGGAGAGAAGGAAGGAGCGCUUCCUCACCAUGUCGGAUGAACACAUUGUCUUUAUUCGCUCUGUGAACUGCACCGAUGAGUUGCGGGCGAUCCCGAACCUCUUCCACGCGCUGAAGGCGCGCUUCCCGCGGUCCCGCGUGCGCCUUCUGGUGCUGGUGGACUACCAGGACUACCUGAGUGAAGCCGUUAUCAGCGAGUUGGGGGGAGACGUUGUAUUUUCCCUGGUGAGUGGCAGAGUGUGGGAAGCACCAAUCCCAAUGCCGGAGUGGGACCCUUUGUACAUGCGCAAGCGAAUGGAGCUUGAAGCCAAUGCCUAUGCCGUGUCCAUUGCCAAAGCGAUGCGGAUCUGGAGCGGCGUUGGAAACUUUAGCCUGUGGCCCAGCUUGGAAUGUUACCGACAAUGGGUGUCACCGUUCACCGGGCCCGAUCCCAAACUGGAUGGUUUCCGGGGCCGACGCCUGCCACGUCCACGUCCAGCUUUUCAGCAGAUUUCGAAUCCCGGUGAGGCUUUAUUCAAAGUUCCAGCAGCAUAUUCUCGCCCUUUGCAGGCCACGGUGAACCCGCUGAGCACAGUGCCACUGAAAGCUUCAAGCGCUGCUCCACUCCCUGUCGCCGCCCUGACCCGCCGCGAGCGCGUCGUGUGCCUGCGGGUUUGGAAGGCCGCCCGUGCACUCCGUGCACGGCCAGGGGGCUUAGUUGAUGAGACCUACAGGUACAUAUUGCUGACUUUGCAGUCAGCCGAGCUAUCGGUGGGUUUCUCCCUUUGCAGAUACCUUGGAGAUUUGCUCUUGCAGAAGGAAAACCUUUCUGCCGAGGCGGAUGCAUUCUUUCGCAGCGCCAUGACCCGGCGAACCAGGGAUGACCUGGCAAAGCCUGAGCUUGGUGAGUCUGUGCAGAGGCAUGCGCGGGAGCUGCUGUCCAAAGCGACGGUGACGGAUCUUCAAAAGCAUUUCGAGUCAAGGAUUCAACAGAUGCGGCAAGAGCAGCUGGAGAGCGCGGGGGAGGUGCGAUCACUGCCACCGCUGGAACCCAUGGUGCUAUCCAGAAGUUUGCUUCGCCUAGCACAAGGGGUGCGCUGCAAGUGCGAUGUGGGCGAGUCGCGGGCUCUCUUCACCCGAGGUGCAGACACCAUGACGCUCAACAUCGCGGUGACGGCAUCCGCGAUGUUGGCGCGCCUAAGUGAUGGGAAAACCCAUCAUGUGGAUUCGCUUCCCUGUGACGACCCAGUGGAACGUGUUUGCGUGUGUAACGUGCUCAUGCGCAAGGGAUGCCUCGAUCUGGUGGCUUCAAGCCACAGAGGCCUGGCCUCCCGUUUGUCUCCAGAAGGGCGUGAUGAUAAGUCAGAUUGGCGCCCGCAGAGUGCGGCGACGCAGGUGUCCUCCACGCGCUGUGAGACCAAUCGCCAGGUGAGCUACCUCUGCUCUGCCGAGCUGGAGAGAUUUCGCCAGUCCUUUCAGCAAGAAGCGGAGCAGUGUUUGAGUCGCCUGAAAGAGGCCAUGACCUCGACUGGUCUGGGCCCCAUCUGCCAGCAAUUCCUGGAGGCGCGGAAGACAGACAGCGAGGAACUGCAUAAGCUCAGAAGUCACAUUGAAGAGCUCUUUCGCUUAAAUGCUCAGCUGAGGCAACAGACCCUGGAUCUCUUGAGUGCAAAGGAGCUUGAGAGGUUGCACGGAAACAUUUGCAACACCUGUGAGCUGAUGAAUCGACUCCUGGACAAGAUGCAGAAGGAACGCAGCAGCGAUCUGAAGAGCCUGGCCAACGACACUGCUGUGGCGGCCUCGAAGAUCUUCGUGGAGAUGAUGCACAACGAGUGGAGCACGCUGAAGGAAACCUGGCACCUUUGGAGACACGAGGAGUCGCAGCGUUUCUUGUCCUUCAAGGAGCACCUGGAGCUCCUUGAGACGCGAGUGGUCAAGAACGGCGAGGACAUGGAGUUGCAGUUUGCUGCGCAAAGUCGCAGAAUGUCAGAGCUCUCGCAGUUGCAGACUGAGUCGCUGCGAGCACAGGAGCAACGGAUACUGGAGAAGGUGUCGAAGUUCCAAGACACGAUGAUGGAGCAACUCAAACCACUGGAAGCGAUUCAAAGAUUGGAGGCCAAGCUCGAGCUCGUGGCAAAAGAUGCUGCGGCCGGAGCGGCGGCGGCCAGGAAACCUGUGGCGCAGGGCGCCAACGAGGCCCACUCUGGCGGAACAAUGGCGCCGAGGCACUCAAAGCCUCUUCAAUCCACCCAGCAUCUGCAGCGGGUGAUGGGCGGGACCUUCUUCGGCAUGGGCCUCGGCACAAUGUUGCUGCCCUCUCUGGUCAUGGAUACAUGUUUCAAUCUGACGUACUUCAAUGGUACUGUCGGCGAACGCCUCCUGGUUGGAUGCUUUGGUGCCCAGGCUACCUUACAGGGCAUCUUGCUGCUUUCCUGCCGUUUCCGAAAACGAACCUGGCUGUACUGGGGACUCGGCAUUUUGCCAUUCGUCGCAUUCGAUGUGUACGCCUGUCCCUGGGGCCCUUUGCCGGUGCUGACCUGGCUAGGAGCUGCUGGUGAUGGUCUUGGCAAUGCUAUCUUUCUUGCUGCCUGCUACCUUGGCUACCACCGCACCGAAGAUGACGGCGAAACCGAUGCCGUUGCCUCGCGGAAGCUCGAAUGA